ACCCACAGAGAAGCGAACAUUUUUGUUCACUAUGAUGGCGUUUAGGCUGCUCCUGUCCUGUGUUCUUCUUAUGUCAGGGUUCAGUGCUGAGAUCUCUAUGUUUGUUCAUACGGGAGAUUCUGUUCAACUGGAAAUGCAGACACAAGAACUACCAGAGUUUGAUGAUUUAUCAUGGAAAAAUGAAAAAAGCAUUAAUAUAGUUAAAUAUUUUAAUAAAACUAAAGAAGUUAGACUUCACUCCUCCUACAAGGACAGAGUGGAUUUCAAUGCUAAAACCUUCUCUCUGACAAUGAAGAACAUGCAGAAGACAGACAGUGGACUAUACACAGCAAAAACAAGUGGAGAAUCAGACAACAAUAUUGUUACAUACAGAGUAUCUGUUAUAGAUGCAGUGGAAGCUCCAGUCCUGACUGUAAACUCAAACUCAUCCAGUACUCACAACUGUUACUUUACAUGCAAAGGAAGUAACAUUACCAUCAGCUCCAUCUAUAAUGGUGGCAGCUGUUCUCCAGAGGAAGUGACAUCCUCUGGUAACUACACCCUAAGACUGAGCUGCACUGGUGACUCCAUCACGUGUAACUACAGCAACCCAGUGAGCUGGAAGACUGACACAAAAACGGUUAAUGAAAUCUGCACUGUUAAAAAAGCGGCACCUGUGUUUCCCCUUUGGGUCAUUGUUAUUUGUCCAAUCGCAUUGGCAUCGGCAUCAGCAGUGGUGGCAGUGAUUGGCUUCCGUAUUUACAAGAGGACAAAAGGCACCCAGACGAAUGAACAAACAAUCUAUGCAGAAGUUAACGAUAACAUCAAGACACAAAAGUCACUGGAGAUGUUGGAGAAAUCAGAGUAUCCUCAGACAGUGUAUGAUACCGCUGGAGAUUCAGGACAGACUGAUGUUACCAACCACACCACACCCAACGAUGACCCUAUGAGUCAGAGUGGAUCACUCUCAGGCAAGAGCAAGCCAAUGACUAUCUACUGUACUAUUCAGCAGCAACCAAACCCCCUCAAAACUGAUCAUACUAUUUAUGGUGUGGUUAAUAAAACAUCAGCCAAAUAUGAAUCUGCACAUCCACAAUCAGAAUAAAAGUGCACUUUUAAUGAAGCUGAACCCUUUAGCAAUACAGGACGUUCAGGAAGAUAGUGUUAUUCUAAGAAUAUGAAUAUUUGCGAUAUGCAAUGUGCUGUUGUCUUU